CUGGCUGCUCUGUUCCCGCUACUCCUCACGCCAACUCAGGAGGCGCCAUGGGGCGAUGGGCCUGGGUCCCCAGUCCCUACCCCCCACUGGAGCUGCGUCCCCUUCUGCUGCUCCUGCUGCUGCUCCUGCUGGUGCCUCGAGGGGCCCAGCCCAAGGCUGGUAUGAACCACACAGAGCCCCCAGGACCUAAUACCACAGCCACCCCUGUGACCCUCAACAUCCCCAUGACCUCUGUGAAGCCUGAGACCUCAGCAACAAGUGCUCCAGUGGCAGAGGUGGAGGCCAAGGGAACCCAAGUUGGGGGCCUCCCUCCUCUGCCGGGGGCUGCUCCUUCCAGCAGCCGCACCCCCAGAAGCCAAGUGCUCACUGAGACUGGGCAGCCAUGCAGGUUCCCCUUCCGCUAUGGUGGCCGCAUGCUGCACUCUUGCACCUCGGAAGGAAGCGCUCACAGGAAAUGGUGUGCUACAACUCACAACUAUGAUCGAGACCGGGCCUGGGGAUACUGUGCAGAGACCACCCUGCCUUUGGAGGGCCCAGAUGGCUCCGAUCCCUGUGCCUCUGGACCCUGCCUUAAUGGGGGCACAUGCUCCAACACUCAGGACCCUGUUUCCUACCACUGCGCCUGCCCUCUAGCCUUCACAGGCAAGGAGUGUGGCACAGAGAAAUGCUUCGAUGAGACGCGCUAUGAGUACCUGGAGGAGGGCGAUCGCUGGGCCCGGGUGCGCGAGGGCCACGUGGAGCAGUGUGGCUGUGUUGGAGGCCAGGCUCAGUGCGAAGGCGCUCAUCACACAACUUGCCUGAACAGCCCAUGUCUGAAUGGGGGCACCUGCUACCUCAUCGUGGGCACGGGAACCAGCGUCUGCGCCUGCCCCUCAGGCUAUGCUGGGCGGCUCUGCAACAUUGUGCCUGCCGAACGUUGCUUCUUGGGGAAUGGCACUGAGUACCGGGGAGUAGCCAGCACUGCUGCCUCUGGCCUAGACUGCCUGGCUUGGAACUCUGACCUGCUGUACCAGGAGCUUCAUGUGGACUCGGUGGGCACAGCUGCUCUGCUCGGCCUAGGCCCACAUGCCUACUGCCGGAACCCAGACAAGGAUGAGAGGCCCUGGUGCUACGUGGUGAAAGACAAUGCACUAUCUUGGGAAUACUGCCACCUGGCAGCCUGCGAAUCUCUGGCAAGAGUUCAGCCACCAUCCCCUGAAGUCCUGAUGACCCUGUCUGAGCCAGCCCCAGUCACACGUCCGACCUGUGGCAAGAGGCACAAGAAAAGGACCUUCCUGCGGCCACGCAUCAUUGGGGGCUCAUCCUCCCUCCCAGGCUCGCACCCCUGGCUGGCAGCCAUCUACAUUGGGAACAGCUUCUGCUCUGGGAGCCUCAUCCAUACCUGCUGGGUGGUAUCAGCUGCCCAUUGCUUCUCUAAUAGCCCCCCCAGGGACAGUGUCUCAGUGGUGCUAGGCCAGCACCUCUUCAACCGCACGACGGAUGUGACACAGACUUUCAGCAUUGAGAAGUACGUGCCUUACUCCCUGUACUCGGUGUUCAACCCCAGCGACCAUGACCUUGUACUGAUCCGGCUAAAGAAGAAGGGGGACCGCUGUGCUGUCCGCUCCCAGUUUGUGCAACCGAUCUGCCUGCCUGCAGCUGGUAGCUCCUUCCCUGCUGGGCACAAGUGCCAGAUUGCAGGCUGGGGUCACGUGGAUGAAAAUAUGAGUGGCUACUCCAGUUCCCUGCGAGAGGCUCUGGUCCCCCUUGUUGCUGACCACAAGUGCAGCAGCCCUGAGGUGUACGGCGCUGACAUCAGCCCCAAUAUGCUCUGUGCUGGCUACUUUGACUGCAAGUCUGAUGCCUGUCAGGGGGACUCAGGUGGACCCCUGGUCUGUGAGAAGAAUGGUGUGGCCUACCUGUAUGGCAUCAUCAGCUGGGGUGAUGGCUGCGGGCGGCUCAACAAGCCAGGUGUCUAUACCCGUGUGGCCAAUUAUGUGGACUGGAUCAAUGAUCGUGUGCGACCAUCCAAGCGGCCUGUGGCUCCCUCCUGAGACCUCUUGAGAUUCCCCACUGAUAAUAAAAAUGUUUCCAAGGA